CAUGAACAUUUUUUUUUUUGAGGAACAUGUUGACUAGGUCUUCUUCUUCCUUCUCCCCUCACUCUCUUCCUCACAUUACAUCAAACACUUCGUGUGCAUCCGCGAGCAGAGUGGCGGCGUAGUGCAGCGGCGCGCUCCCCCACCUCCAUGGCGUCCUGUUCAUUUUACUCACAUGCUCCAUGACCUUCGUCGCACUGCCGCGAACCAUGGUGCCCUCCCCGCGCCAGGUCACCGGAGCAGCCGGAACUCGGAAGCCCCCCAUCCCGAGGGGCCCGUCCGUGCGCGCGCCGCCAGGACUACCUUCCACCUCGGCGCCCACAAGGGCAGCUCCAUGGCGUUCUUGAGGAGGAGGAGGAGGAGCUCCAUGGCGUCGGAGCAGCGGCGUCCCGAGCAGCUCCAUGGCGACCUCUGUGAAGGCCCAGGUUGGAGAGGCCCCGAGCGAAUCCUUGAUCUAGCCAUGGCCGUGGUGGAUCCGGGACCAGCUCGCUUCCUUGAUCUCCCUCCCUCUGCUACUGCUCCUGUCGCGACAGCAUGAGGAACUAAUCUGCUGCCUCUGCUCGCGGACGCACACGAUGUGUUUGAUGUAAUGUGUGUGUGUGUGUGUGAGAGAGUGAGAGUGAGAGAGAGAGAGAGAGAGUGAUGGGAGGAGGAAGAAGAAGACCUGGUCAACAUGCCCAUGUGGGGAAGAUAAGAACUGAGCGAGGACUGGGGGGGUUGCUAAGAGAAGCGUUGAGAUGGGGUUCAAACCACUGGAGUGGUACUGUCAGCCAGUGAAGGAUGGGGCAUGGUCUCAUGCCGUCGAAAGCGCGUUUGGUGCAUACACACCCUGCGGCAUUGACACCCUGGUGGUGUGCAUCUCGUACCUCACACUUUUUGGCGUUUGCUUCUAUCGGACAUGGAGGACGACGAAAGACUACAAGGUGCAGAGGUACAAGUUACGCUCGCCGUACUACAACUAUCUGCUUGGGCUGCUUGUUGUGCACUGCAUAGCAGAGCCGCUGUACAGGAUCGCCACGGGUACCUCCAUCAUGAACUUGGAUGGGCAGUCUGGCCUUGCUCCAUUUGAGAUUACUUCACUGGUCAUCGAGUCUGCUGCCUGGUGCUGUAUGCUUAUAAUGCUAUUGCUGGAGACAAAAAUUUACAUCACCGAGUUAAGAUGGUACAUCCGGUUUGUGGUCAUAUAUGUAUUGGUUGGUGAAGCUGCUAUGUUCAAUCUUGUGCUUCCAGUGAGGCAUUACUACAGUUCAAGUUCAAUAUUCUACCUAUACUGCAGCGAGAUAAUAUGCCAGUGCAUAUUUGGAAUUCUUAUGCUGGUGUAUCUGCCUAGCUUGGAUCCCUACCUGGGUUAUACUCCAAUCAGGAGUGAGGUGCUUGUUGAUAAUACUGAUUAUGAACCUCUGGCAGGAGGGGAGCAGAUUUGUCCCGAAAGGCAUGCCAAUAUAUUUUCCUGGAUAUUCUUUUCAUGGAUGACUCCUCUAAUGCAACAAGGAUACAGUAGGCCCAUCAUUGAUAAUGAUAUUUGGAAACUAGAUAAUUGGGAUGAGACUGAAACAUUGUAUAGCCGAUUUCAGAAAUGCUGGAAUGAUGAACUUCAAAAACCAAAACCUUGGCUGCUACGAGCUCUCCAUAGUAGCCUUGGUGGAAGGUUCUGGCUAGGAGGAUUUUUUAAGAUUGGCAAUGAUGCUUCUCAAUUCGUUGGCCCAACCGUAUUGAGCCUCUUGUUAGAGAUUUCGGAAUUUGACACCCCUGAGAAUCUUGUGAGCAACGAGGAAAGUGCUUUCUCCAAGAUGGUUCAGAGUACAGGACCUAGCAAUGCAGAGUAUCUUAAGUCUCUUGUGCUUGGAAAUGGUGAAGAACGGCUGCGGAAGGAAGAAAAUGAGUUGCAAGAUACUCAGAGGAAAUGGGCUGCGUCUAACCGAUGGGCUGUUGCUGCCCAGUUUGCGCUUGCUGCUAGCCUCGCGUCAUCCCACAGUGACCUCCUCUCGUUGGAGGCUGCCGAGGGAAAUAACAUCCUCAGGAAAACAAAGGAUGCAGUAAUCACCCUGCACAGCGUCCUUGAAGGGAAGCACAAUACCGAAAUCGAGGAAUCGCUCACCGAGUAUGAGGUUCUGCUUGAUAGGUGGUCGUCGUCACUCUACAAAGUCAUCCAAGGCCUUGCCACGAUGAGCAAACUGGGUCGCAACCGUCUACGGCAACGGCAACCUGGUUACAGUUUUGAAAACCACGGCUCUAUUGACUGGGAUCAAAUUUAGGUGUAGGAAACUGCAUUGCAGCACUACUGAAUCCUUGGAACGUUUAAUUUUCCAAUGCGUUCGUGGAAUAGUUUGAAGGUGUGCGAUUACUAGCAAUGUCUGGUUUAAUUUUCUACAGUCUUGUAGAACGUUUUGUCGCCAGUACAUUGUGACGUGCAAGUCGGGAAUUAUAGCUGCUUUAACCGCUAGAUGAGUUGUUUGAUCUUAUCUCUAGUCGCCAGCACAUCUCUUUCUAGGUUCCAGCCUAGCUACACUAUGUAAUAUACGUGCCAGACAUUUAUGGUAUAGUUCGUUUCCAAUAA